AUGGCGUUUCAACACUUUGAACCAAUCUUUGCGGAACCCAAACUGGAGUGGAAAACUCACACUUGUUCACCUUUGCGUCCUUUUUUGUUCCAUGCUUACGCUCCUGAUUCUUCUCACUUAGUAAUUCAUGUCACUGAUUUCCACUCUGAUACUUGGGAAGCUCAUCUUUCAGUUUCAUUGCUUGAGGACAUUAGGGAUAUUAUUGGAAUAGGAGGCUCUUGGUCAGAGUUUAUUGAUUAUUUUGUAACUUCCCUCAAGUCAGAAGAUCUGAAGCUGGUUCUUGAGGCAGAUUCAAGUUCUGAUGGCGUUAGUUCUGCUAAAUUAAUUGCUCAAAAAUCAAAAGGAAUGCCUCUUAUCACCAUUCCUCUCAUCAAACUUGUGGACUCCAAUGCUAGUGAAGCUGUAUCAAAUUUAUCCUUGGGCCUCUUUAAGGCAUUCAAAAGUAUAAAAUGUUCUCUUGUAGAUGUGCAAGAACGCUCUGUCCAGUUGACAAACAUGAUGGCAACCAAGAAGGAAAGAAAUGAAACCAUACAAUUGGAUGGACGGCAAAAGUUUAAAAAAAUUAGUGACUCAGAGAAAGCAGGUGUUUCUAAUAAUGGAGCUCAAAACUCUCCAGGUAAGCAAACAGCUCCGGAUACGGGUGCUGCAAAAGUUAAGAAUCGUGCAAUGCCAGCAUAUCGUAGGGCCAAAGUAAGAGGGGCAGUCUUGCGCGAUAGUGAUCCUGAGUCUUAG